AUUUCCCUAAUUAUUGUCAUUUAUUUUUUUGUUUCACUCAUUUUCUCAUCAAUUAAAGCCAUCUUUUUAUUUGUUUUUCCCAUUUUUGAGACCAAAUUUCGCAAUUAAAUUGUAAUUCAAAUUAUUUGAUAUAUUUUAUCGUUAAAUUUAUUGUCAAAUUGUGUCCACUCAUUAUUGUCAAACAGUUAUGGCACGACAGGCCGUUAUUGUCAACACUUACGAUAUGGCAUCUAUAAAUCAAUACACGACUUCAUUGGGUAUCGGUAUCUAUCACUCAGGUGUCCAUAUAUACGACUCAGAGUAUGCCUACGGCGGACAUCCCUUUAAUUUUUCGGGAAUCUUCGAGAUUGAACCCAAAGAUGUUGAAGCACUCGGAGAGGAAACCUUUAAAUUCAAAGAGUCGUUGCUUAUCGGUUACACUGAUUUCAGUCGAGAAGAUAUUAAUCAAAUAAUCCACGAAAUGGGUAACGAAUACAAAGGAGAUAAAUAUCAUCUUUUACACAGAAAUUGCAACCAUUUUACCGAAGCGUUGGUAAAGACGCUUUCUGGUAAAUCGAUCCCUUCGUGGAUCAAUCGAUUGGCGUAUAUCUCGACGUGUGUGCCAUUCCUUGAACGUUGUCUUCCCAAAGAGUUUCUCAUACCUGUCGCUCUGGAAGAGUCCAUCAGAGAACAGGUGGCCAACGAAAGCACAGAACAUGAUGUGAUCAAAAACAAACUUUAACCACAAAUUUAAAGUUAAACUAAUUGAUUGUCCAAAAAAACUAAAAAUGAAACGAAUAGUAAUUUAGUAUUUUUUAUUACCGUAUAUUUCUUUUUAUCGUUAUUAUCAUAACUAUAUUAUUGCUGCCUUACUAUACAAUAGUUACAAAACGAAUUUGUCUUAUUUAUACAAAACAAUUUUCAGGUCAAACAUAAUUUAUUUAGGAGUUUAUUAUAUAAGUUUUAAGUAAAAUUUUUAUUAUACUGUAAAUAAAGUGCUAAACACAAAGUGUCAAAUAAACAAUUGUAUGCAUAAUGAACU